GUCAUUUUGACAAAUAUAUUUCUAAGAAUUAUCUUUAAAAUUUAAUCUUGUCCUAUUUUCGUAGUUAUUUCUUUUGUAUUUAGACCACUUGAAAUUACCGAAAUAUGGAUACAGUUGUAAAAAGUAUGUUAGAUGAAGACCCCGAAGAAGAAAAAAGGGGUUUAACAAUAUUUGGAAGAGAUGUAUCAAAAAUUCCAUGCUUUAGAGAGAGUUUCCUUUAUGGAAUAGCAUCAGGAAUUGGCGUGGGACUAGCUUCAUUUUUGAAAACAUCAAAACCUCUUAUGUCACAGCAUAUUGGUGUUGGCACAUUUGCCAUAAGUACAUUAGUUACUUGGUCAUAUUGUAGAUAUCAAUGGUCAAAGCAAAAAUUUGAUGCUCAGUUAAUGCAAGAAGCUCUUAGAGAUAAAAUCAGAUAUGAGGGUUCAGCUGUUGAGAAAGAAUUAGAAAGCAAGGGUGUUUUAAAGUCAGCAUAAAGUUACAAAGAAAAUCUAGUUGAUAUUACAAACCAUUAAUUGUACAUACAUUAAAAAAAACUUGCAGUUAGAUGUUAAUAUUGCUACUUUUUUAAAAAACUUGAUGAAAGUAACGAAAAUAAGAA